GCCCUGAAACAGAGGGAAAAUUUGCUAAGAAGAAGAUAGAAAAGGCUCACUGUAGCGAGGCGCGCACGUUAACCGACCCCCAUCCCACCGGCUCAUUUUAGCAAGGACCUAUGCACAACUCCACCUAUGUCCCCGCUCCCUCUCUUCUUCUCCUUAUCUCUCUCCCCCGUCACUCUCCCCUCUCUCUCUCUAGGGUUAGGGCUCGUCUCGCGUCUUCCUUACCUCCUCUUCCACUCCCGCCCCAAUUCACCAAGCUUCUUCUUAACGUAAUUUUCGCCGCCAAUGCUCGUCGCCGGAUUCUGGUUUCUUCGCCGUAAAUUCAGUAGUAGAGCUCAUGGACUCCAAGCGGAAGUAUACUUACGGAAAUCUAUUCAAUCUUGAGCCUUUGAUGAACUUUCAACUGCCGAAACAAGAUGAAGAUUUUGAUUAUUAUGGGAAUAGUAGUCAGGAUGAGAGCAGAGGUAGCCAAGGGGGAGACAUGAAUGGAAUAAUGUCGGAGAGGGGAUCAAAAAAGAAGAGGCGGAGUGCUUAUAGCAGUGACGAGGAAGAAACAGGCAGUUACAGUUCGUAUAUUUCAGAGGAGCGAUAUCGUGCAAUGCUUGGAGAUCAUAUUCAGAAGUACAAGAGGAGGCUCAAUCAUGCACCCCAAAAUCCUGCGGCAAGAACCGGGACAAUGGCAAUCAAAACUAAUGUGGCCCUUAAAGAUCAGAAAGCAAUGAAUGAUAACAGAGGAGGAUUUCCCAAGUUUGAAUCAACUUCAGAUUUUCUAAACAGUAGUAGUUCCCAAAAACUAGGAAACUAUCCUGAAUCAGAUUUUGGGCUGCAAUACGGUGCUUCCAGACCAAAUCUUGAACCAGCUUUUCUUGAUAUUGGGGAUGGCAUCACAUAUAGGAUUCCUCUUCCUUAUGAAAAGCUAUCAUCAUCACUAAGUUUGCCAAGUAUGUCAGAUAUCCGAGUGGAGGAAUUUUACUUAAAGGGCACCCUUGACUUGGGGUCAUUAGAUGCAAUGAUGGCUUCUGAUAACAAGUUUCAGCAGAGAAGCAGGGCAGGGAUGGGUGAUCAGCGGCCUCAGUAUGAAUCUCUUCAGGCAAGAUUGAGAGCCCAGCAGACCAAUAACUCUGCUGAGAAUUUCUGUCUAAGCAUUAGUGAAACAGCAUUGGGAACUGAUGGCAUUCCAGAAGGGGCAGCUGGAAGGAUUAGACGAUCUAUUUUGUCAGAAGGUGGUACAUUGCAGGUUUAUUAUGUAAAAGUUUUGGAGAAGGGGGAUACAUAUGAGAUUAUUGAACGUGGCUUACCCAAGAAGCCAAAGGUGAAGAAAGAUCCUUCUGUUAUUGAGAGGGAAGAAAUGGAAAAGCUUAGUAAAUAUUGGGUUAAUAUAGCAAGAAAAGAGAUUCCAAAACAUCACAGGAUUUUCACCAACUUCUACAGAAAGCAAAUAACUGAUGCUAAGAGAGUUUCUGAAAUCUGUCAAAGAGAGGUGAAAAUGAAAGUCAGCAGAUCCCUCAAAUUGAUGAGGGGUGCUGGAAUCAGGACAAGGAAACUGGCUAGAGACAUGCUAGUGCUUUGGAAGAGAGUUGACAAGGAGAUGGCGGAAGUGAGGAAAAGAGAGGAAAAAGAAGCUGCUGAAGCUCUGAAGCGAGAACAAGAACUUCGUGAAGCUAAGAGGCAGCAGCAGAGGCUCAAUUUUCUGUUGUCACAGACAGAACUUUACAGUCACUUCAUGCAGAAUAAGACCUCACAGCCCUCUGGAGCAUUAGCAGUGGGUGAUGAAAAAUCUAAUGACCAAGAAAUUCUUUCAGAAGAUCAGCAGCAGGAGGAAGAUGAUCCUGAAGCUGCUGAAUUAAGAAGGGAAGCUCUCAGAGCAGCCCAUGAUGCAGUUUCAAAGCAGAAGAAAAUGACUAGUGCAUUUGAUAAUGAAUGCUUAAAGCUACGUCUAGCUGGAGAAGCUGAGGCCCCUCUCCAAGAUGGCUUGGUCACUGAGUCUAGCAAUAUUGAUCUGCUGCACCCGUCAACCAUGCCUGUAGCAUCAACAGUGCAGACGCCUGAGAUGUUCAAGGGUUCCCUUAAAGAAUAUCAGCUAAAAGGCCUUCAGUGGCUUGUAAAUUGUUAUGAGCAGGGCUUAAAUGGUAUUCUUGCUGAUGAGAUGGGUCUGGGAAAGACAAUUCAAGCCAUGGCAUUCUUGGCCCAUUUGGCUGAGGAAAAAAAUAUAUGGGGGCCUUUUCUGGUGGUUGCUCCUGCUUCUGUGUUGAAUAAUUGGGCUGAUGAAAUCAGCCGUUUCUGUCCUGACUUGAAGACUCUUCCAUAUUGGGGUGGUCUUCAGGAGCGUACAGUGCUUAGGAAGAACAUUAACCCAAAGCGUCUUUAUCGAAGAGAAGCUGGAUUUCACAUUCUCAUCACCAGUUACCAGCUGCUGGUUUCUGAUGAGAAGUACUUCCGCCGCGUAAAGUGGCAAUACAUGGUGUUGGAUGAAGCCCAGGCAAUCAAAAGUUCUAACAGUAUAAGAUGGAAAACACUGCUCAGUUUCAAUUGCCGAAAUCGCUUGCUUCUGACUGGAACUCCAAUUCAAAAUAACAUGGCUGAAUUGUGGGCACUCUUACAUUUUAUUAUGCCAACUUUAUUUGAUAGCCAUGAGCAAUUCAAUGAGUGGUUUUCAAAAGGAAUUGAGAGUCAUGCAGAGCAUGGUGGGACAUUAAAUGAGCACCAGCUUAAUCGAUUGCAUGCCAUUCUGAAACCUUUCAUGCUGCGAAGAGUUAAGAAGGAUGUCGUCUCUGAGCUGACAGGAAAAACCGAAGUUACCGUACACUGUAAAUUAAGUUCUCGACAGCAAGCUUUUUACCAAGCUAUAAAGAACAAGAUAUCCCUUGCAGAGUUGUUUGAUGGAAACCGUGGACAUCUUAGUGAAAAAAAGAUUCUAAACCUGAUGAACAUUGUCAUCCAGCUAAGAAAGGUGUGCAAUCAUCCAGAAUUAUUUGAGAGAAAUGAAGGAAGCACAUAUUUUCAUUUUGGAGAUGUCCCAAAUUCUCUUCUCCCUCCUCCCUUUGGCGAGCUGGAAGACGUCUUUUACUCUGGUGGCAGAAGCCCUAUUGCAUACGAGAUACCAAAACUGGUCUACCAAGAGACUGUUGGUGGUUCCAAGGUUCACAACUCAGAAGCUGGCCAGUAUUUAAGCAGCAAGUCAAUUCAGAAGUUAUUUAACAUAUUCUCACCAGAAAAUAUCUCCAGUUCUUCACUCCAAAAGGACUACAGUUCGGAUCAUAAUUCUGGACGAAGUGGAGCAUUUGAAUUCUCCCGCUUUAUUGAUCUAUCACCGGCAGAAGUGUCAUUCUUGGCAACUGGUUCUUUCAUGGAGAUAUUAUUAUUCUCUAUUAUGAGAUCAGAUCGCCAAUAUUUAGACACAAUAUUGGACCUGUUGAUGGAAAGUGAUGAUGAUGAUGUCCACGAUAUCCAGCAUGCCCAUAUUGGCACGGAAAAAGUGAGAGCUGUCACACGAAUGUUGCUACUGCCUAGUAGGUCGGAGAAAAAUGUUCUUAGAAGAAAGCUUGCAACAGGUCCUACGGAUGCUCCAUUUGAGGCUCUUAUCAUGACUUACCAGGAUAGGCUUCUAUCUGAUAUCAAGCUUGUGCAUUCAGUAUACUCGUUCAUCCCUAGAACUAGGGCACCUCCAAUAAAUGUCCGCUGUUCAGAUAGAAACUUUGCAUACAAGAUGGCUGAAGAAUGGCAUCACCCCUGGUUAAAGAGGUUGUUGACUGGAUUUGCACGAACAUCUGAUUGUAAUGGCCCAAGGAAACCAACUGGCACUCACCCUUUAAUACAAGAGAUUGACGCUGAAUUACCAAUCAUACAACCUGCCCUUCAGCUUACAUACAAGAUCUUCGGGUCUUGUCCUCCCAUGCAACCAUUUGAUCCUGCAAAAAUGUUGACAGAUUCUGGGAAGCUUCAAACACUUGAUAUACUUCUGAAGCGUCUACGGGCACAAAAUCAUCGUGUUCUUCUUUUUGCACAAAUGACAAAAAUGCUGAAUAUCCUCGAGGAUUAUAUGAACUACAGGAAAUACCGGUAUUUGAGGCUUGAUGGGUCAUCCACAAUAAUGGAUCGCCGUGACAUGGUGAAAGAUUUCCAGCACCGGAGUGAUAUCUUUGUGUUCUUGCUGAGCACAAGAGCUGGUGGGCUUGGAAUCAACUUGACAGCUGCUGACACAGUCAUAUUUUAUGAAAGUGACUGGAAUCCAACUUUGGAUUUACAGGCAAUGGAUCGGGCCCAUCGUCUGGGUCAAACUAAGGAUGUAACUGUGUAUCGCUUAAUCUGUAAAGAGACGGUAGAGGAAAAAAUUCUGCAGAGAGCGAGUCAGAAAAACACCGUCCAGCAGCUUGUGAUGACGGGUGGUCAUGUCCAAGGUGACCUUUUGGCUCCUGAGGACGUUGUAUCAUUAUUGAUCGAUGAUGCUCAACUGGAGCAAAAACUAAAAGAAGUCUCACAACAGGCAAAAGAUAGACAAAAGAAGAAGAGUGGUGCUAAGGGCAUCAGAAUCGAUGCAGAAGGAGCUGCGUCUUUGGAGGAUUUUGCUAAUGCUGAAUUACAGGACAAUGACUUUGAACCUCAAGAUCCUGAAAAAACAAAAUCCAGCAGCAAAAAGAGGAAACCCGGUGGUGACAAGCAAACACAGCCGAAAGCAAGGGCUCAGAAGGGCUCAAAGCAGGUUGAUUCAUCAUCACCAAAUCGAACAAUAGCGGACUACGAACACGAGGAUCCCUCACAGCACGCCGAAUCGAUACAGCAAAGACCAAAGAGGUUGAAAAGGCCAACAAAGAGUGUGAAUGAGAACAUCGAACCUGCAUUUACAGCUAUUCAACACCAGAGCUCAGAACUGUAGCUGCUGAAGAAACGAUGAGGCAUAACAAACUGCAAGCGAGAUGAUGACAUUGUUUUGCGAGGCAUUCAAGCAUUGUUGGAUAUGCUGAUCUUCCCUAGGGCGCAAGUGGCAGCCGCCUCGUUGCUGAGGAGUCGUGUUGUUUGCACCAUUGGAGGUAGGGACGAACUCGUGGGAACGAGUGAGGUAGGAAAAUUUGUAUAGCAGCAUUGUACAGAUUAUUUUGUUAGGAGAUGGAGCCUGCCAGCUUCUAUGGUGUUAUUGUACGAGAAAUAUAGUUGUUAAUGUAUAGUCAAGGGUUAUAGUUCCAAUUUACCGGUUUUUUUUUUUCCUGAAUUCUUAUAACCAGUUAAAAGAUCUGCAAUCGGGUUAUGUGAACGGAAACUCUUGAAUAAACACUAGUAAAAUUACAUAUAUUUGAUAUGUC